AUGCCCUCCUCCACCUCCAAGGCGGGCGACUCUGGCGGCCGAAGCGCCGGCCACAAAGCCAGCAGCCCCGAAUACGAUCCGUUUGCACUGGGAUCCGACGACGACGGUGACGGUGACGACGAUCACGACAGUGACGGCCAUCGUGAUGGUGUCCACGACCACGACCACAGUGUGCCCAGCGAGCGGCAGGGCCUGGUCGGCCGGCCGGCCGCGCUGGGACGUGCCGCACGUACCGCGCCCACCGACAUCGACCUUGACAUCGACCUCGACACCGACAUGGACGUCGACACCAACCUAACCGUCCGCCAGGCCGUCCGCGUCUACCGCAAGGCCAUUUUCUGGUGUCUCGUCACGUCUGCCUGUGUCAUCAUGGAGGGCUACGACAUGAUUCUCUCACUCCCUCACGCUCCCAGCAUCGGCAACUUCUUCGCCUAUCCCGCCUUCGCUGCCAAGUACGGCCAGUUCGUCGACGAGCACGGCCAGCACCAGCUCACCGCCGCCUGGAUGGCCGCCCUUGCCAACGCCGCUCCCGUCGGCUGCUUUGUCGGCACCGCCCUCAACGGCCACCUCGUCGCCCGCCACGGCCACAAGCGCGUCCUCCUCGCCGCCCUCGCCGUCCUCAGCGCCUUCAUCUGCCUCACCUUCUUCGCCCCGACCAUCACCGUGCUCCUCGUCGGCGAGCUGCUCUGCGGCCUCCCCUGGGGCAUCUUCGCCUCGUCCGCCCCUGCCUACGCCUCCGAGCUGCUGCCCACUGCCCUCCGCAGCUACCUGACCUCCUGGACCAACAUGUGCUUCAUCCUGGGCCAGCUCAUCGCCGCCGCCGUCCUGGCCACCCUCGUCAACCGCCGCCCCGACGACGAGUGGGCCUUUCGCAUCCCCUUUGCCCUGCAGUGGCUGUGGCCCCUCGUCAUCUUCCCCGUGCUGUGCUUUGCGCCCGAGUCGCCGUGGCACCUCGUGCGCACGGGCCGGCGGUCGGCGGCGCGCAAGGCCCUGGCGCGCCUGCAGACGUCGUCGGCGUCGGCAUCGGCGUCUGUCCCCGGCGCCGACAUUGACGCCACGCUGGCCACCAUCGAGCGGACCAACGCCAUGGAAAAGGCCGCCAUGGGCCCCGCCGAGACCACGUAUGCCGACUGCUUCCGCGGCACCGAGCGCCGCCGCACGGAAAUCGCCUGCAUGGCCUUUGCCGCGCAGGUCCUCGCGGGCGCGCCCUUUGCGUACAACUCGACCUACUUCUUCCAGCAGGUCGGCCUGCCCACGCACACCACGUACCUGCUCAACACGGGCGGCACAUGUCUCGCGCUCGUCGGCACCCUCGGCAACUGGUUCGUCCUGAUGCCGCGCUACGGCCGCCGCACCAUCUUCCUGGGCGGCAUGGCCGCCAUGGCCUGCCUCCUGGCGGCCGUCGGCGUGCUAGGGCUGCUGGACCGCCGCCGCACCAUCGUCGCCGUCGGCCUCGUCCAGGCCGCCCUGACGCUCGUCUGGACCUUUGUGUUCCAGCUGUCCGUCGGCCAGCUCGGCUGGGCCGUGCCCGCCGAGGUCGGCUCCACCCGCCUGCGCCAGCGCACCGUCUGCCUCGCCCGCGACGCCUACUACGCCGCCUCCAUCGCCGCCAACGUCGCCCAGCCCUACCUGCUGAACCCGGGCGCCCUCAACCUCAAGGGCACCGUCGGCCUCGUCUGGGCCCUGCUGGCGUCGGCCGUCGGGCUCUGGGCCUGGCUGCGCCUGCCCGAGACCAAGGGCCGCUCCUACGCCGCGCUCGACUGGCUGUUUGCCCAGCAGACACCGACACGGCAGUUUGCCACGGCCCCGGUGCCCAAGGAACUCGGCGGUGGCGGGCACGACGGCGGCCAUGGCGCCCACCACGGCGCCGGCUAUAGCAUGGUGCACGGCGACGACACGGCCGACGAUGCCGACCAGCGCGGCUCACGAGAAAUGGACAGCAUGGCAAGGGGGGUGUGA